AUGAUUCGAGCUAUGAAACCUUAUAAUCUCCGGCGUGGUACUAGUGAGGCAGUCGACACCGCAUUUCUCGGAUUAACUUCAGAGGAUGCAUUAAUGAGUAUUCUUAGCCACCAAAGUCGCUUUAUUGACCCUCGAGCCCCGUCCAAAUACAAUAAUCUGCCUAAGAACAAGAGAGCUUCCCUUUCAAACCACCCUAAGAUAACACGUCUGCAGCAAAUGCGUGAUACUCUCGCUAUGGAAGCUAGGGAGCUAUAUAGAUCUAUAAAGAAAGCAGCUAGCACAAAAAUCGGAGAGCUCAAAGCAAAGGCAGAUACUACGUUAAGAGUAGCCAAAAAGAAGUUGAAAGAAACAACAUUCACGGGUGCUCGCGAUAAUUUCUUUGCCACUAUUGAUACUAUAGAAAUUAACAAGCAACUUGAUCCAUCGCUAUUGGAUAUAAAAUAG